ACAUCCACCGCCACCACCGUUCACUGCCACCACCUCGACAUCGCGCACCGGCCACCACCGUCGACGCACAUCCACCGCAACGGAGGGAGCUUGCGAUGGAGGUCUACGAUGCGACACAGAGAGAAUAUCUUCUCUCUAAUCCCACUCUCUCUCAAAAUCCCCUCCCUUCUGCGACGCGACAGGGAGCUUUCAAUGGAGGUCGUCAACCGCUCAGAUCUAGACGGCUCUCGUCCCCUGCGUUCUGGAAUUCCGUAGCGCGUAACUUCUCCGGCCGCAUGGUUCCGACGAGGAUUCGAUCGCUUAGCUUCGCAGCUCUUUGUUUGGUUCUGAUCGCGAUUCCUUUUCUGGCAUCGGAAGCUUUGAUCGACGGCCAAGAUGUCAAUCCUCCUUACCCCAAAGCCAUAUCUGUCAAAAGGUGCAACAAUGUCAAAGUACAGAGAUUUAGAAGAAGAAACAUUUGUAUUACUUUGGAAAUUGGAGAUGAUAUCCUAAGACUGUACCAGUUAAUCCCAAGCCAUUCUUGAACAAUUUAACUGGAAAGCCUGUCAUGGUGGAACUCAAGUGGGGGAUGGAGUACAAAGGUACUAUUCUUCUCAUUCUUAAAUCUUAAUUUAGGUUUUGGAGGUGAGUUAUGCCUUUCAACUAUUAUUAUGCUUCCUCAU